CGGGCAUGGAAACGACUUCAGAGUCCGGACUGUCUGCCGAAUAACUCUCCGUCCACGUUCGACUCUGCACCCGCUCCUGCCACUCCAGAUAGGAAGGUCUGCGAGUCUGUAACUUCAGCUUUUCUGAAAUGUGCACUUCCGUCUUUUGUCGCUUCAAGCAACACAUCUUCGUCUCCAGAGCAGCGUCGCGCUCAGCCACCUGCGCGUGAGGGGGUGUAGGGCCUGGCCAUGUUGUGAACCAAAUGACUAUUUAUAGACUCCUUAUAGCCAAACAAACACAGCGGAACUGCAGUACCCAACCGUCUGCGUGAGCACAGGAGGGAGUUUACUUUCUUUUUCUCACAAGAGAGGCGAGGGAGCGAUUUGAAGCCACUUGUGCAGUGAGACGUCCAGCAGCGGAGGGUUUGUUGGUUUGUGACGGGGGGUGGAGGGGAGGUGAUGGAAUUUUCUGAGCACAUCAAGACCGCCAAUGUGGAGGAUGUUGUCCUCCGCCAGCCGCUACACCCACCGAGCAGAGGCACACUGUGCAUAACGGGCCACCACCUGCUCUUCUCGGACCGGGAAGAGGGCAGCUCUCGGCAGGUUUUACUGCUCCUCAGGAACAUCGAUGCCAUUGAGAAAAGUGUGGAAAACCUUUUGGCCUAUUCCGGCCUCUUCUCUAAUGCAGGCCGCAGUGAAAGGAUAUCUGGAUCUUCAGGGACGAUUACCAUUAAGUGUAAAGAUCUGCGUGUGCUCCAGCUUGACAUCCCAGGCAUGGAGCAGUGCCUCAACAUUGCACGCUCUAUUGAGACCCUGUCCUGCCUGGACGGUGUGUCAGAGAUGUAUCCUUUCUUUUACAGACCUUCUGAUCUCAGACUGCAGGACCAGUGGGGUCUCUCAUCCCCUGAAAAGGACUACAGUCAAAUGAAGGAGCUCCAUGAUAGGUGGAGACUGAGCACUGUGAACAGAGACUACUCAGUGUGUCCCUCUUACCCUCCAGCUGUCAUCGUCCCCAAGAACACAGACGAUGACAUGCUAAAGAAGGUGGCCAAAUUCCGACAGGGAGGACGCUUCCCUGUCCUCUGCUACUACCACAGGAAGAAUGGCAUGGUAAUCAUGCGUAGCAGUCAGCCGCUGACGGGAGCCAAUAGGAAGCGCUGCAGAGAAGACGAGCAACUCCUCCAGGCUAUGAUUGACAGCUCAGACAGAGGUUACAUUAUUGACACACGCUCCAGCCAGCAGGCGCAGCAGGCCUGGAUAACAGGCGGAGGGUUUGAGUCCAAAUCGUGUUAUAGCAGCUGGAAGAGACUGCACAGACAGAUGGAAAGAGGUAAAGCACUGCAGGAGAGUCUAAUUAAACUGGUGGAGGCCUGUGGUGACGAGUCCCAUUAUAUGGACCGCUGGCUCAGUAAGCUUGAGAAUUCAAAGUGGCUGUCUCACGUCCAAACUGCUCUGUCAACUGCUGGCCUGCUGGCAGAGUGUGUGGAGAGGGACGGUCAUUCAGUUCUAGUUCACGGCUCUGAAGGGACAGACUCCACUUUGCUCAUCAGCACUCUGGCUCAGCUCAUCAUGGACCCAUGCUGCCGCACACUGGAGGGCUUCCUGGCUCUGCUGGAGAGGGAGUGGGUACAGGCAGGACACCCAUUCCAGCAGCGAUGUGCCCACUCGGCCUACUCCCAUGCUCGUCUCCAGCAGGAGUCCCCGGUCUUCCUGCUGCUGCUGGACUGUGUGUGGCAGCUGUGGCGUCAGUUCCCCCUGGCACUGGGCUUCUCAGAGGCGCUGCUCCUGAGGCUGGCGAGUGAGGCCUACGCGUCUGACUAUGGCACCUUCCUGUGCAACAGCCAUAAGCAGAGGUGUGCUCUAGGAGUGACGGAGAAGACUCACUGUUUGUUCCAGGCCCUGUUGAGGCCCAGGGAGAGAGAUUACUACUCGAACCCCCUGUAUGAGCCCACUGAGCUAGCAAUCUGGCCCUCAGUCCACCCUCAGUCCCUGCAGCUUUGGAGAGGCUUUUUUCUGAGGUGGACCCAACAGGCUCGGCACCUUGAAGAGGCUCAGGAGGAAAUAAGGAACAUGGUCAUUGAGUGGGGGAAACUGGCACUCAGCUGAUGUCCUUUCAGUAUAUGAACAAGUGAAGAUGGUCAGCCUGAACAUGUUCUAAGGAGAAAUGUUACCAAUGCGCAAUGCCUUUUCACUGUGGAAUUGUUAUUUCAGAUUUCUUAACAACCUGCUGUGUUUUAAUGUACAGUUUUUCAUUUUAAGUAAUUUUAUUCUUUCAUAAAAAUAGAAAAAAAUGUAAUUGUUGACAUUAUUUGAGGAUGUUUAGCACUGUAUAUUUUUCACACCAUAUUUUAGUUUUUUAAAAACUACUUAAGGAGUGUUAUAUUUGUUAUAUUUUCUCUGUUUUGCAUAAUUUCAAUGGGGUAAUUAUUUUCUGAAAUAUAUUCACUCAUGAAUAUUAUCAAUAGAGGAAGGCUGUAUAACUGACACACCUCCCAGUCCUGUUAAGCUCAGCUAAACACUCUUCACAAUACAAAUCCCUGCGCACAGCAAGUCAGCAUGUUCUGCACACACGGAGCUUUGCAAGCUGGAGACUGUAGUCCUGUUCAGUCAAGAGCCACAAGCCCUGGUGAUUAUACAAAGUGGACAAGAACCACAUAGCCCAGCAUGACUUUCUACGCCUGCUUAUUUAUCCAGUGGUUGCUGAAUGAACUGAAACGGUGACCAAUCAGAUGGUAAUGUUAACACUUUAACACUUAAAUGCCUCGAAAACCGUC